UUUUCCUUCUCCUGCCUCCUCGCGCGGCCCCGGCGGCGAUCCCGACGGCGGCAGCGGCGGCGACGGCGACCUCAGGCGGCCGCCCCAGCGUGCCCGAGCUCCGGCGGCUCCCCCGCCGCCGCGCCCGCUGCGGACGCCGCCCGCGCCCCGCGCAUGCCCGCGCGCGGCCCGCUGUGGGCCCUGGCGGACUGGGCGAGGACGUCAUUGGGCGGCGGUUCGGAGGCGCCGGUUGCCGCAGCCCCGGCCGCCGCAGCGGACGCGCCCGGGCUUGGGGGCGCACCGGGAGGCGCGCUGUUCGUGCACGAGCGGCUCCGGGAGCUCUCGAAGCGGCCGCCCCCGCUCUGGUGCGAGCCCCGCAUGGACGGCCCCCCGCUGGUGCAGCAGCUCAUGCCCAAGUACAGGGCGACGCGCGAGGCCAAGGACGCCGCCGCCAUCCAGGCGCUGGAGCUGGUCUGUCCCGAGCUGGCCAAGAUCGCAGAGCCCAUGCCCGCGCCUGCGAUCCUCCUGGAGCAGGCUGCGCGGCAGCUGCGACAGCUCCACGGCCAGCAGAAGCAGCUCAAGGAGCAGAUCGUGGCCAACGCCAAGACGGGCAAGGAGCUCCUCCGUAGGCCCAACGAGAACAUCAAGGCACGCAACGAGGCGCAAGAGGAGGCGGAUCGCUACUCAGCGCAGACGGGGACUCCAGCGGCCAGUUCAGGGAACGGCGGCCCUGCAGACGACACCGAGUUCCCCUCCCUCACGGAAAAUGACCUCCAGCUCUUCACGCCCGAGCAGCAGCAGUACUACAAGGACGCGGCCGCGGCGGCGCAGCAGGCCCAGGCCACCCUCCAGUCCGCCACCGACGCGGGCAAGCAGGCGAGGGAGGCGGCCGCCACGCUCCGCAACCUCCGCGAGCAGGUCGCCACGACCAAGCGGCGCAAGGCUGACACGGCCUGCGGAGUGGCCCCAGGCGGCGGCGGCGCAGCCGCAGCUGACGCCUCGGCCCCGCCGCCCGUGGACGCUGGCGGCCAGGACUUCAGCAACCCUGAGGCGGUCGAUGCGUACAUCAAGACCACGACCUUGCGCAGGACUGCCGUGGCGGGGGCCGUGGCCGCCAAGGCGCCUACGGCCGCGCCAGUGGUGCCCGCGACGGCCGCGGCACCAGCAGCGGCAGCAGGAGCGGCGAUCCCAGGCAAGGGCGACGGCAAGGGCGUCAAGGUGCACAGGUCGGCCUCAGCCAGGACCCCCGUCGGCAAGAGGGGCUUUGCAUCGAUCUUCUUCGGCAACGUCACCUCGUACUCUCUCAAGGUCAAGAGGUUCAUCGAGACGUCCGACCACGACAUGAUCGGCCUCGCGGAGCACCACCUCGGCAAGGGCAAGUGCGACCAGGAGGAGAAGCGCCUCCGCAGUUUUGGCUGGCGUUCGGGCGGGGCCUGGACGCCGGCAACUCCCUCUGCUCGCUCAGACUCGGGCACCCACGGCGGCACGUGUUGGCUGAGGAGAGCCACCUACGCCACUAGCGUCCACCUGCAGGGCGCCAACCACCAGAGCGUGUUCCAGGACGCGCACCAGGACGUCUCCGUGGUGCUCUGGCGCUUCCAGGGGGCCACGUUCGCCUUCAUCGUGUGCUACCUGGACUGCUCCAUCGGCCUCGUCGGGACCAACGCCAGGAAGAUGACCACACUCGCUCGGAAUGUGAAGUCCUUGGGGGUUCCUUGGUGCUUGGUGGGCGACUUCAACGCCACUCCAGAAGAGCUGGCGCGCUCAGGCUGGCUUCUCACCCUGAAGGCGCGAAUCCUGACUCCUGAGGGUGUGAACAUCACGUGCGCGUCGGGCAAGGGUCGCAUGCUGGACUGCGUCGUCGUGCCCGACAGCUUCCGCCCCUUCCCCAAGAGGGCGAAGCCCGUCCAGAAGCUGCCGUGGGGCCCGCACAUCGGCCUCAACAUCCUGGUCACUGCGAGGCCUGCCGCAGUGAUGCCACGCGUCCCUGUGCUACCCGUACCUCUUGAAGUGCCUGCAGGGGAAGUUCACGUGCCUAAGGGGAUCAAGCGCCGUCAACGCGACAGGCAGCGGCACGCAGAACUGCAGCAGGCCAAGGAGGAACGCGGCCAGUUGCAGGAGGGCGACCUGCUCAACGACGACGAGGAGCACUUCCUCGAGGACACCUACACCCAGUGGCGGCCCCAGCAGUGCAACGACCACGUCUGCUCGCCCUGGGUGGUCUACGCCGCCGAGGCUCCGGAGCGCGUAGGCACUCGCAUCCCAGCGGGCGAGGAUGCGCAGGCCAGCAUCGCGUACCAGAUGGACCCGUACAUGGCGCAGGCGCUGGCGGUGCCGUACGGAUAUUGGGCCGAGGCGGCGGAGGCGCAGCUGGCCGAGCUCUGCGGCACUGUGCCUCGUGACAGAGCCCGACGUGGUCAGCCUGUCAAGUACCAAUGGCGCAAGGCACAGGAGCAGACGGCAGACUCGCAGUUCGGCCACGCCUGCGCGCAGGACAUUGGUGGCAAGUGGGCCAGCCUCCACGCCCGGGUGCAGGAGCAGCUCAUCGCGCUUGGGCGCCACCGCCACACCGAGUACCAGCGCAAGGUGCAGGACAUCGUCUCCGACAUCAUCAGCGACAUCAGGUACCUCCUCACCGCCAAGGGGCCCGUGCCUGACGACCAGCUGCAGGCCACUAAGGGGAAGUGGCGGAUACACCUGGACGACGACAGGGUCCUCGGCCACGGCGAGCGCAUCCGCUACUCCAGGAAAGGCCUUUGCACUGAAGGUACAGGCGAGAGCGGCUAG